AAAAAUUUAAAUGAGUAUGUAUAAUGGUCUUGAAGAAGAUGGCGCAUUUUCUUCAGUGCCAAAAUCAGAUGUCCAUCGGAGCCAAAAAUCACCAAAAGAGGAUUUUAAGACAUCUUCGUCAUACCAGAACCCGAAAUCUUUCUAUAAAGAGAUCAAGUCUGAAAGGAAUGCUCUAUUCAGUAGCCAAGGCGCAGAAGACCACACACCUAAUUAUGCUAUGACUGAGAGACAUAUGAAAAUAGAAGACCUGAAUUGUGAUUCUAAAGAGAGAAACAAUUUUUAUCAGACUGAUGCCAUCAAGAAUUACCCCUCAGAAGGCAGGAUCCCCAGAUGGGAAGAAAAUGAAUCAAAAAUUAACCAGACAAUCAAAAAUCUUAUCAGCGAGAAGACAAAAAUUGAGGAAGACACAAUGAAGAUCAAGAAGAACCCAGAGAUUUUACCCCAGGAUAAAUUGAAAAUGCUUAAAAGUGCCAGAAAUCUUUCCCAGACAAUCAACACAUUGCUCGAGAAAUCCCAGGACAGGCUUAGUGAGUUUUAUAGCUCCCAAGCUCGGGAUAAAUCAAUGUCUCCAGGGAAGCAAUCAAACUUUGGAAUCAAAUCUUUGAAAGCUAAACCAGUCCAACCUCAACCAGAUGGGUUUGAUAUGACCAAUCAAGCGGACAGCAAGGAUGGAGAAAGGAUUAACAGUCUCUCAAGUAAAGGAAAACAACACAGCACUGAGAGAUAUGACACAAAUCAAGAGUCUCAGAAAGACCCAUUGCUUACAUCAAAGAAUAUAUUUCCCAGCUUUAGAUCUGAUGUAGCUUUCAACUGUCCAGAAGAUAAUCUCAAUGUAUCUCCGAGAUUUAAUCAGUCAAAGGGAGGAUUUGAGGAAAAUCUCAGUCCUAACACACAAAGAUCUCAGAGAGCAAAGUCUCCUAACGAAGAACUUGGAGAAGUAAAACAGCUCCUAUAUCAAGCAAUGAAAGAGUUAGAGACUAAGAACAUUAUCAUUGGGAAAUUCAAUCAAUACAAGCUCAAGAUGGACAAAGAAAAGGAAGAAAACAACAGUAGAAUCCAAGAAUUACUCGAAUGUUCCAAUGAAGAAGCCAAUCAAACCCUAGUUGAGCAAGUUAAAUCGCUCAAGCAACAACUUGAUAAUGAAAAGUCUAAUACUAACAAACUGAUGCAAAUGUUUGAUGGCAAGUUUCUUCAUAUAACCUCCUACAGACAAAAUCAAUGAGGAUAUCAAUACAAAGACCAACUGAAGUACAAAGAUCAGCUCAUUGCCCAAUUCCAGGAGAAGAACCAAGCGCUUGCUGAUAAAAUCGAUGAAGUAUGCAACGAAAAGACUAUCCUUGAGGAGAAAUACGAAUCAAUCCAGAACUCUUUCUUUGAAAAAGAGAAUGAAGAUGAGACUACACUAGUCCUUACCCAGAAGAUAGAGUACCUUCAAGAAGAGAUUCAAGAAGUAAGCCAAGCCAAACAUCGGAAAGAAGUUGAAUGAGAUGAUCUUAUCCAACAACUUAAUGAUAAAGAAGAUGUAAUCUGUGCUAAGAAUGAUGAGAUCCAGAAGAUAUACUCAGACUUCUCCUCUACUGAAGAUGAAUACCAGGAACAUAUCAAACAGCUAGUAGAAGAAAAUGAGCAGCUAAAACAAAAUUGCUACCAGUUCCAGGAAGAACUCCAAGGGUAUAAGGACAAACUUGAGGUAUUACAAACCGAGCUUACCGAUAUUCAGUCAAAGUCUAUUGAUAAAGAUAACGAUCACAUGAGCUUUACUAAACAAUGUGAAGAUAAAUCCCAAGAAAAGAUCUCAGCUCUCAGAGAAGUAUAUGAUAGCAAAGCCCAAGAACUUGAAAAUAAGCUUGAAGAAACAAUGCUCAAAGAACAGAAAGAGUGUGAAGAAAAUCUUCGUCUUCAGCAAACACUUUAUGAGAUCCAGGCAGAAAAUGAAAGAUUAAAAACUGAACUGGAAAUGAGCAAAGAGUCGAUUGAACUCUCCCCACAAAGAGCUCCAGCUUACCCAGACUCUCUUACCCAAUCUCUUUCUCUCAAAGAAGAAUUAAUCUCUAAACUAAAAGCGAAGAUAACUUCUGUGAAGGAACAGCUUGCGAAUCAAGCUGAAGAGUUUAGAGAGGAGAAGGCUGAUCUUAAUUCGAAAAUCACCCAACUCCUAACCCUCACCCAAAAAGAGCGUGUCCAAAACACCACCUCCUCAAUCACCACCACAAACCACCUCCAAACAAUCGAACAGCUCAAAACCACCCUCGCCAGACAAAAAGAGACCAACUCAAAACUCUCCUCCCAAAACACCAACUACCUCCAAACCCUCCACAAAAACUCAGAGACCCUCAAAACCCAAGCUGAAAAACUCACCCUCCUCACAGAGAAAUCCGAACUUUCUCAAGCCAAAAUCACUGAUCUUCAAAAGAAAUACGAUAAAGCCAUAGAAGUCAUCAGAAAACUUGAACAAGAAAAUGUAGAUUCUAAAGCAGAAAUUGAAGAUUUGAGGGAUUUUAAGAAGCAGAGUAGAGGUCAAGAAAGCAAGAUUUCAGUUGAAUAUGAUAAUUUGUUGAAGGAAUAUAAGGAGCAAGUGCAGAGAUUACAGUUUGAAUUGGCCAGAAGUCAGGAAGGGAGAUAUGAUGAGUCAAGGAUGCAUUCGCAGAAUAUGACGACUAGUCAAAUGCCGUUAGGGUAUUCGCAUAAGCAGGAUAUGGGCAGGAGUAUGAAUGAGAGAGAACUACAGGAUCAUACUUAUGGACAUACGGAGGAGGAGCAUGAUGUCAAUACUACAAAUAACCAUCUUGAUGUUAAACCAGUCAACUACCGCAACAGUAUGCCAGCGAUGAACAAUACUGAAAAUGAGGAACAAUAUCAGGAGUACUUCAACCAAUGGGCAAUGAGUUUGAAAUAA